AUGGUAAAUAUGGACCUUAUAAUAGGAUUAUCUUGCUCAUUUUUAAAGCAUAAUUUUUAUGGGCGAAGGAGUAGAUUGCCAAUUAGUUGGUUCGAGGUUGGAGAAGUGGAAAUUGUUGGGACCAAAUUUGGUCAAUCAGUAAUGGAGAAAGUCAAGUUGAUUAAAGAGAAUUUGAAGACAGCUCAGAGUCGCCCAAAGUCCUAUUCAAACAUGAACCAUAGAGACCUAGAGUUUCAAGUUGAUGAUUGGGUGUUUCUAAAAGUUUCGCAUGUGAAAGGUGUUAUAAGAUUUGGGAAGAAAGGAAAGCUCAAUCCAGAUACAUCAGCCGAUAUAGGAUCCUAUGAAGGAUCGGUAUUCACAUCUCUUGUUAGAACAUUCAACUCAGUUCAGUACUCAGAUACUCAUAGUUUGGUCUUGGAUGCAGCAGACACAGUUGCUCUUCACAUAAAUUGGGGAAUGGCAUUAUUGAUAAACCAUCAAAAUGCCUUGAUGAAAGCACAAGAAGAGAUAGACACAAAAGUUGGUAAGGAUAGAUGGGCAGAAGAGAGUGAUAUUAAGGAUUUAGUAUACCUCCAAGCUAUUGUUAAAGAGUUCGAUCCAGAGAGAUUUAUCGCUGGUGAUAUUGACUUCUGUGGUCACCACUAUGAGUUUAUUCCAUUUGGUUCUGGAAGACGAUCUUGUCCGGGGAUGACUUAUGCAUUGCAAGUGGAACACCUAACAAUGACACAUUUGAUCCAGGGUUUCAAUUACAGAACUCCAAAUGACGAGGCCUUGGAUAUGAAGGAAGGUGCAGGCAUAACAAUACGUAAGGUAAAUCCAGUGGAAUUGAUAAUAACGCCUCGCCUGGCACCUGAGCUUUACUAA